AGCCUCCCUCCGCUGCAGCCGACCCCGCAGGACAACUUUGUGCUCAACGGCCUCGCGGGCCAGCCGGCCCAGACGCGCUCGUAUGACUUUGUUAUCUCCCAGGUCCAAGGCGCGCCUGACGGCGUGAGCAAACCCAUGCUCGUCGUGAACGGCAUGUAUCCCGGUCCCACUAUCGAGGCUAACCAGGGCGAUCGCAUCGUCGUGAACGUCACGAAUACGCUUGAAAAUCGCACCUCGAUUCAUUGGCAUGGUCUCUUUCAAAACCAGACGAACUAUUACGACGGUACAGCAGGUAUCACCGAGUGCGGUAUCCCGCCGGGUCAGAACUUGGUCUACAACUUCACCCUCGGCGAGUUUUCGGGGACGACCUGGUGGCAGUAUUACACGGACGGCGUCACCGGUGCGCUGAUCGUCCACCCGUCCUCGCCUCCACCCGAGGCAUUCCCAACGUGGGACGACGAGCUCGUCGUGCAGCUCGCAGAUCUGUACCACACGUUCAGCACCGUGCUCCUCGCGAGCUACCUCUCUCCGUGGGGAAUCGACGGCGUUGCAGGAGCCGCCGGCACUGAAGGAGACGAGCCUGUUCCGGACGCCGGUACUAUCAACGGCCUUGGCCAAUGGGGCGGCAACGGCUCUUACUUCAACUUCACGCUCGAGCCAAACAAGACGUACCGCGUGCGGCUCGUGCACACGGGCUCGUUCGGGAGCAUCCGCUUCAGCGUCGACUACCACGCGCUGAGCGUCAUCGAGGCCGACGGCACGCUCGUCGCGCCCUACAACGUCACGGGCCUCACGCUCGCCGUCGCCCAGCGCUACAGCGUGCUCCUCCGCACCGGCAACGCCACCGGCGGCCCCUUCUGGAUGCGCGCCGAGCUCCAGAGCGACAUGUUCACGUACGUCGAGCCCGGGCAGAACCUGGACAUCCGCGGUGUCCUCCGAUACGGCCCCGCCGCGAACGGCACCGCGCUGCCCGUCGAGACGGACGACCCGGGCGUGCCGAGCGACGCGGCGCUCCAGGACCUGGACACGGCGCAGCUCGCGCCCGCGGUCGCCGCCGCCGCACCGGCGAGCACGCGCCAGUACCCGAUCACGUUCGCGCUCGAGCUCGCGGACUCGCAGCUGUUCCUCGGCUUCAUGAACGGCACGAGCUGGACGCCGCUCGAGGGCACGACGACGCUCCUGCAGGCGCGCGCGGCGUCCCAGGCUGGUGGCGUGUAUGGCGUCGAGGGCGGGAGUCUACAGGCGGGUCAGCAGUUCAUGGUCACGGAGGACUCGGUGCAGGUCGUGGAUCUGCUGAUCAGCAACCUCGACGACGGGGACCACCCGUUCCACCUGCACGGACACCGGCCAUGGCUCAUGGGCACCGGCGUCGGGCGGUACGUCGGCCAGGCGCUGAACGCGACGAACCCCCUCCGG